AUGUUGAAUGGGCCAAGAGAGAAGCGAGACUGGGGGGCUGCAGGCACCGAAGAGCAAAAAGGCCCUCGGGAGCGCUGUCGGCCGACCAACCUCUCGUGGCGGCGCACAGCACCGGUAUUGAGGAGGUGUGCCACACCGCUCAUCAGCCCCCAGCUGGAUAUCCAUCCCCAGGCGAAAACUCACCUAGGGGAGGUAGGCCUGGAUGACCUCUCUACCCAUUGGUCUCGCUCCUCCUUUUUUACCGGCCUUCUCUCGUUCAUCCAUUCAUUCAUCUCAGCGAACACCAACAAACCGCCUACACCAACCACAAGAAAUGGCUUACGUUCCGACCUGGCUCGCCAUGGCUCUCGCCGCCGUCGUUGGCAUCAUGUGCGCCUUUGCCCAGUCGCCGCCCUCUGGCCCGUGCCUCGGCGGAGCCUUCCCCGACGCCGGCAACUGCUGCCCGACGAUGAUCAACAUGAUCAACUUCUACCGCGAUGCUCGCGGGUGCUACCCGACCCGCGUGGCCAACAACCAGGUCCUCUACGCCGACGUCGGAGGGUGCUUCCCCAACGCGCAGGGCACGUACAGGCCGGCGGGCGCCACUUGCCCCCCUGGCCAGCAGUGCUCGCCCACGUGUCUGCCCACCGUCGUCGCCACUCCUCAGCCCACUCGCCCGGCGUGCCCGGCCAACGCGCAGAGGGAUCCGGCGGGCUGCUGCCCGCGUGCCUUUGGCAUGUCGCUGUUCUACCGCGACGUGCGCGGGUGCUACCCGAUCGCGACCAAUGUGGGCGUGCUCUACGCCGACGCGAGCGGAUGUUACCCCAACGAGGCCGGCGUGUACAACCCGGCCGGCAUGGCUUGUCCCGCUGGUCGCCAGUGCGUCCCUGCCUGCGACUAAUGCGCCCGUCGAGCGAGAUCGCCACACGCCCUUCUCUCGCGUGUGGCCCCUCAGCCACGUGCCCGUGCAAGAUGCUGAUGCCAUCUUCCCACCCAACACCUUUGCUGCAUUCCAUUUGUUGUUUUUUACACGACCAUUAA